CUGCUCCAUCAGUACACACACACACACACACACACACACACACACACGCAACAUCCCAGUCUGUGUUUCGCCUUCGCUUCAAUGCGCUCUCGUAUAACCGAGCUGAAGUCUGUGCGCGCCUGGUAACCUUCUCCACACAGUCGGGUCAGGAACAUAAUGAAAGCAUUCAGCAGUGCAUUAGGAAAGUUUUACAUUUUUCCCACUUCUGUUGAGCAAGCAUUCAUCUUAAUACCUGGAUUAAUCUUCAACUAAACUUAAUCCCUUAAUAACAGCCUUCGUCUGUUUUCUGUCUUUCACUAAAAAUCUAAAUGGAUAAGAAAAGGAAGUCUGACUCAUCUGCAACAGCAUCAGAAGCGAAUGAUCAGACGGAGUCGAGGAAACGACUGAGAAGCACCAAACCUGAAGCACCGGAACUGGAUUCCCCCUGUAAAGAAACCGAUGGCAAAAAUAAAAAGCCACAGGACUUAUCAGAGGUUAAAGAGACUGGCUGUUCAGAAGGCAAUGUAAAGGUCAAGACCAGGCUCGGGACAAAACGAACCAAGAAACCACCAAAAAGCCUUGAGAACUUCAUAUGUCGCCCCAGUAUUCGGGUGUUUCAGAAGCCUGAACCUCUCAUGGGGCUUGGAAUCUGCAAAGGAAGAGAAAGUAAAAGCUCUAAACCUCGAGGUCAUCACUCUCUCCAAAAGAAAUGCGACCCUGACACCUUCGUAACAAAUGAAAAGUCAUCAAGUACAACUAAAGAGACGUCCACAUUGUCCGACUCACCUCUCCCAACUAGUGUCGCAUCUCUGGCUUCAGAUUCCCAAAGUACAGUCACAGCCAAAAAGGUUCUCAGAAAACAAACAAAAAUUCCAGAUUUAAAGUCAGAAGUAAAACUUGGGAAAGCAGAGGAUGCAGUUCCACCACAUUCAUCCAGAAAAUUACCUUUCACUCAGAAGAUAAAUCCAGUUACUUCCAUAAAGCAGACUCACUCUUCCAAACCCACUUCUUCUGAAUCCCACCAGGAGGACAUCAGCAUUCUUAAUGCGGACAUAACAGAGCAAGGUCAAGCCAGUCCAAACACAAAUCAUGGAAAUCCAAGUAAAAAUGCUGGGUUACGGAGUGAAAAGUCAGUGUCAUCCACAUUAACAACCUGUCUUCUAAGGAAGGCAGUGAAAAACAGCGAAACUGGCUUGGAAAUGCCUUCAGAUCUGCAUUUGAGCGAAACAGGGAGUGAAGGUUGUGUGAAAGAUUCAUUAGGUUCCCACUGUGCACAAAAGAAGCAUCAGAACGGCUCCAUACAGCAGCCAAGCGCAAACGAUUUGCCCAAGAAUCCAACGUCUAGCCAAGUAACUGAUUCUCUGAACUCUUCCAUCAUGAACAGUACAUCAGAUCUAAUAGAGAACAGUAGCAGGAAAAAAGGGAAGAAUGAAAGUAAAGACCAAAAUGACAGUUCUGAACUGACAGCCCAAUCCUUACAACAAAAUCCUGUCGAGCAAAAAAAAUUCAAUACAGAUCGAGCUGAUAAGCACGGGAAAAAAAUCAGGCACAGUUCAGAGCAAGCUAAAGCAAAUUGUUCUGCUGAUGCUACAGAUGCUUCAGGUUCUACAAUAAACACUAAAAAAUCAGCUGCUCCAGUAAAGCCUUUAAUAGAUGCCUCAGGUUCAAAACGUAAGCCAGACAAAAAAUGCCCAGAUAAGCAAAAGGUCCAGCAUCCUCACGAUGAUAAAACUGCAAAAGCAACCGAUGAGAUCAAGAAUAGUUCUGAUACAACAGUGCAGAAAGGCUCACAAAAUGAAAAUCCAUUCCUUAAGACUUCAAAGGAGUUGUCCACGCCUCGGCAUGAGCUGAAUCUAUCUGCACAACCUCCGAAAUCGAAACCAUCUCGAAAUUCCACUCACAUCUUAGAAACUUCAUCACUUAAUGAACCCCAGCCUAGAAAAAGAGGUCGACCCAAAAUGACCGAAUUGAAAGUAGAUUCACAACCGAUCAAGUCCCAACUGUUUAAUGUUAAUCCCCCAAAUAAUCAAACACCCCAAGUCCAAGAUUCAAAAAUAGAUUUAACACAGACAGAGCCUGUUGCAAAAAAACGUGGACGGCCCAAACAGUCUUUCUCUCUCCAUGCAAAGAAGACCCAGUCCGCAGUACAGGACGCUAAAGAUCUUUGUACUAAAAAAACAAAAAAAAGAGACCUUGAAAUAUCCAAGAAAAGAAAAAAGGUUGCAAUGAAGACAAUCAUCAAACACAUCAAUAAGAUAAAAGCAAAAAGGAAAGAUCAAAUUUUUACACAAGUUCUGCUGGGACAGAAGCAAUGUGACGACGAAAACCGUUCUCAGCAAAGCACUGAAACAGUCGCCAGCAGUCCGGUUUCUCCUUCCACAGACUCCUUAUCAUCCCUCGUGUCAUCUUUUGGAGGCAAACUUAGCCCUCAAAUUAAUAUCAGCAAAAGAGGAACAAUCUAUAUGGGGAAGAAAAGAGGUCGUAAGCCUAAAUAUCAGGGAAGCUCGUGUAUACCUGACAAGCAACAUCCAUCUGCCAAAUCUCAAGAAAUAUCACCAGACGUUCCUCGAUCUAACUAUGAAAACUCAUUAAAAACCCAAAGUGUUCCUUUAGCUGGUUCCUCUCGUUCACUUAAACAUGUCACCUCUGCUUUAUCACCUGAAACAAGAUCACUUAUUAAUACCCAAAAAGUCAAAGCAACUUCAUUUAUGCAGCUUAGUGAACAACUUAAUUCCAAAGCUCACUGUGAAGCAACCUUCACCCGCAAUAAUGAUAAUACCACUGAAGGUAAUGAAUUUCACUCAACACUGACCACAGGUUCGGUAUUCACACAGUCUGGAGUACCAGGGACGAAUCCCUUCAAGGGCAGAACGAAGACGUUUUCUACCUCGUCUUCCGAGCACCUCUUUUCUUCUCAGUUGCCAGUACAGUCUGGAAGGCCACAAGAUUUCAGUGAGACGACACAAAUCAGUCCCUUGUUGACGUUUACAGACCAAGAGGGGCACAAGUUUAAAUGCCAUCGAAAGGCCCAUCAUUGUCUUAGUCACGAGAAGCUGAGAAGACAUAAAACCAAGUGCAAGAAAAAGUAUGUGCACCUAAAGGCCAAAAGGCAAGAUCCUGACUUCCUUGCUAAGGUUGAAGACUUGGUUAUCAGACUUAAAAAGGUUCAUAUUGUGCAACAAAUGAACCGAACUAGACUUGGAGAUACUGGUAGACCUGCUGGGCGAAAGGCUUUAAAGGGAAACAGUCAGUCCUGUGAUUUUCACUGUGUACAAGAAAAGGUUCACCCACAAACCAUGUUACAGAUUAACCUUAGCGGGUACUACUCACCGAAUUCUGCCGUAUCAUGUGAACCCCUUCAUUAUGUUAGAAUGGCUAAUAUGAGCAGAAAACAUGAUUGCUCAGCUCGACCCUGUGAACAAAUGGUUAAUUUCCCUGUGAUGCCCAAGGUUGGCUACCCAUUACCUGGUAGUGCAUUCAUCCACCCAUCCUACAAAGUACCAUUUACCACCACCACCUCACUUGGUUUUGGACUCUAUCGUGGAUACCCGUCUGCUGCAUUAUAUCCAGUAACUUUUCCACCAUCAUACAUGCACCACUACUCCAAAACUCCCAUAAUAAGCCCAUCGAAGUUCCACAAAAGAAGGAGGACCAAAUUUCCAAGACAAGAUCCUCUACAGUGGGGGCAGAAUUCUUUUGGCGGACGUCCCAAGAUGACCCAGCGCUCCUCCUGUGGCUGUUUCAAUACACAAAGUUUGCAAAAGGAAAAACAGAAAGACAAGUCCAGAGCGAAAAGAGAGGAACAAAGCAGAACGACAGAGAGGCAGCAUGGUACUGCUGACAGUCUUUGGACUAACAGGAAUUUUAACGACAGUGGAAAUUCAGGCGACUCUUCUUUCAACUCCCCGUCCUCCACAUCCUCGAUAUUCUCACAAACUAAAGACAAAACCUUUUCUUUUACAAAUCCGGGUCCAUUAAACCAGGGACAGCACAGAGAAGUCCGAUGUUCAGGGUGUCAACCAUCGUGGGGUUGUGACAACAGAAACUUCGAACCAGAAGGCAAUGAGGAUACGCAGGAGGAGUCUGAGACUGAUGAGGUCUUUACAUCAACUCAGCAGCCACAUCUGAGAAGUCAGUCUGUCUUUAAACAGUCCACAUUUAGUAAAACACAAAGUCAAAAACGGACUGCAAAGACAAGACACGAGAGUCAAGUUGAGUCCGGUGACUCAGAUGUGUCAAUGGAGGAAGAUGAGUUUACUCCUGAAGACCAGAGAGCAUCAGGUUUUGAUCUGGCUGGUGGUUCGCAGUUCCCGAGGAAGCAUCAAUGCCCUAAUUCUUCCUCCUCUAGAGAACCACAAGAGACACAAAGUGAACCAAGGACACAUAAAGCCAACAGUCUGCAUCUGAAUCAGAGUAAGACUGACCAGGUCAGCCAAUCCUCACCUCAUACACACCAACCAACCAGAAACACGGCUUCUGCAAGUGGAAAACGACAUAAUUUGAAGUCACCCAAGAACAAGGGAAUUCAGAAACCGGCAGUCCCAGCUAGCAAUAAUCUAAAAAGAAGAGGACCCGGACGACCAAGAAAGAACCCUGAACCUUCCCAUCCUCCAUCUGUCCCUGAGCUAGCCACCUUUUUGACCGAAGAGAUGGAUAAAUCAGAAAAAGGGGGAAAUGAGAACAUGGACACGGUUAUGGAGGUGAUCGAGCUUGUGAUUCAGGGAGAGCAAAGAAGCCCGAAUAAAAGAAUGAAUGAAGUAAAGGAGAAAAAUGGAGGUCAGGAACAAAAAAAGGACACAGAUGGGACUAUGAGGUCUUUAGAUUUUCACACUCCUUUAUCGCCCCUCGCUCCAUCACCUGCCCAGGUUGAAGAAAGGCAACCAGAGAAGGGUUCCGCCUCACCACCCAGUAAGAAGUAUCUGUGGGCGGGGCUUUAUUCAGACGUCUAUAAAAAUGAAAAUGUUCCUGAUGAGCCUCAGCAGCUGAGCAUAGAUUGUCUGGAGUUCAAUCCAGAGGAUCACGAUCACGGCCUCCUGCCUGCACCUCUACAUGUGGGAAAGUACCUGAGGUUGAAAAGGAUCGACUUUCAGUUGCCUUAUGACAUCUACUGGCUCUGUGCUCACAACAAGCUAUUCGAAAUGCCUGUUACCCCACCUCAGCCGGAAUCAAACAGUCCCAGUAAACCAUCUGACAGCAGCUUUUCACAGUCCUCUUCUGACGAGCCCCACACCUCACACGCCGAGUACGAGGAUCAAGCGGACGGUCACACAUAUCAGUGUAGCGAGAACCACCCGCACCAUCAGCUUCUCACACAACAGGAGGGAAACUGGGACAAUGAGAACUUCCCUUCACCCUUAUCUAGUGAGGAAAGGAGUUUUGUGAUUAAACACGGGGUCUUCCUGAUGAGAAAUUAUAAGAAAAUGAAGGUGAGGCAGGCACUUCUCCUGAGAGGAGGAGCAGAAGAGCAAGAGAAAGAAGAGGACAAACCCGACGAAUCUAGUGAAGACGGUGCAGAAGACCCAACCAUCAUGUCAGACAGGUGCCAGAUUGAGCACAGGUCGAGUUCUCAAGACGAGGAGUGCACAGCACACCAAAGCAAAAACAUUACCCAUGUACUCCAGGAGAUCUGGGACAGGAUUGUUACCUGCAAAGGAUCAUCUGGGCAAACCCUAACUGAUCCUAUGCUGAACCUGUGCACCAGAAAGAGGGCUGAUUCUACUCUUAUGGAUUUAACCAGGGUACGAAAGCUGAUGCUCUCAGGUCAUUAUGAAAGCCUGGAGGCUUUUCACGUAGACAUGCAGUCAGUGUUUCACUGUGCUGAGAAAUACUACGGGACGGAGUCUCCUGUCGGCCGGGACGUGAGUCACCUGAGGGCCGUGUACAACAGAGCUCACCAGGAUGCCUCGGCCCACUCCCUUUAGAGGAUAAGGAGCCACGCCCACACACCUACCUUCCAGGGCAUGUUGUGCUUGUGGUUGUGAUCAUGCUAACACACAGGCAGGAACAGGCAGACAGUGCUCUUCCAUACCAAAGACCCAUUGUGUGGUGCGCUUGAACAGGCGCAAAGUGUGAGCAGGAUGGAGCCUUGCUGGACGGGAUGUUUCCCAGGGAUUCCAAUAAAAACUUCUUCUUCCUUUAUUUAUAAUAUAUUUAUCACCAGUAACUGUUUCAGUCUGGUAUGGGUUGCAAUGGAUCCAGAGCCUUAGGUGGAAGAACACUAAGUGAAAAUACGUCCUGGACAGGGUGUCAGUCUGUUAUACACAUUUAUUUACAUCCAGAUAGAUGUAGAGCAGCCAAAUAAUCAACUGGCAUGCUUUGGGAAAAUAGAAGAAAAACUGCAGCAUGGAGAACAUAAAAAACUCCACACAGACCAGUAACCUGAGGUAAAAUCCAGGACCCUGCAGCACCAGCAAAACCUGCAGCGCCUUCAUGCAGUCUGAGAAAAAGAAGCAUACGUGUCUUCAUUCCAUUUUUUAUCCAUUUAUUUGCCUUAUUAAGUUGUAUUAUUAACAUAAACAUAUGAUGCAUGAAAUUGUGGGAACUGGAAAGUAGGUACAUGAAAAUAUGUGAACAGUGUAUUUUAAAUCUGUAUAGCAGUUGUUACAUUUAUUUGUAAUGUGUUUAUAUGGUUGUAUGUACAGUGUAUAAUUUACCUUGCCAACAGCUGCACAUACAGUGAGAGGGAAAAAAACUGUUCAACCCCUUUUGUUUUUGUUCUUCAUUAUACCUCUGGUGCAUAAAUCUACUUUACACACAA